CGAACCCCGAAGAUACCACCAUAUCCAGGACAUGUCAUUGUGUUCACAUGUUGGAUCUUGCAGCUUCAGCAGCACAUCCCCUCGGCAACUUCCAAGAAUAAUGGGUUUAUUUGAACUAGCUAGUCAUAGAACCCAUCAUUGAAUUGGUGGAAGCAAACGAAAUGAAGUUUUGGUUAUCCUUUCUUUCGGCCUUGGCCAUCGGUCGAAGUAGUCUGGCUCAAGAGCUUAUCUUUCAAUAUCGAGUGCCCGGCACCAUCUCAGCUUCCGCAACAGUGGAGGGGGUAGCAGAGGUGAACGGCCAUGUAUUUGUCAUUUUCAAUCGUCAAGGCACUGGUUCGAUCACCAAACUGAGCUUGGCGGGCCAGGAACUUGGCGUCACUGCCAAGAAUCAAAACCAAACCAUCUUUGGCCGUGGCCUGAAGGCUUACCCCGCCAAGGAUGGAGUAGUAGCUUUGACAACCGAUAACACCAAGCCUGAUGCCGACAUUAGUGCCAAAGUGUUUUCGGCCGAGAAUUUGGAGGUGACCCUGGAUACUGUGACUGGUAUGAAGGGGAACGUUGGCUGCUUUUUGGUGGCCAAGACAUCUGGCGAUAUCGUAGUCAGUUCCAAUACUGCCCUGACAACGGCUAUCGGUGGGAUCAAUUCCAAUGGCGACAAAAAGUUGACUGUGGAUGCCCCAUCUCCGGCUGCUGCUAAAGUUAUCGACUGUCCUAUCCUCUCCGCCGACGAAAGCACUCUGUAUUAUGUGGAAACAACUCCAACCUUUGAAAACUUUAUUCAAUCCAUCAACAUGGCAGAUGGUGCACUCAUAGCGGCAUCGAGUCCACCCUUUGGGAUCGUGCAAAGAGGGCCUGCUUUGUCUCCAGACGGUACUCAUGUCUAUGUCUCAGCCGUGAAAUCGAGCAACACAGAAACCACCAGUGGAUCUGAGAAUUACCUAUCUCGAUUCAAUGCCGACAGCCUCACGGAACGAUUCGAUGUGGCGACAGAAAAAAGGUAUACAAGUUUUGUACAGAAUCCACUGGUAUCGCCGGAUGGAACCAUUGUGUAUCUGUUUGCCGUCGAUUUCAUUGUUGCCGUGCAGGCCAGCGACGGGACGACUGUCUGGGAGUUCGACGUGACCGACACUUUGUACACACCGCCGUAUCUGUCCAAGGACGGCAGUCAACUCAUUUUUGCCCGUAUCACCCGUCCCGAAAGUCUCUUGUUUCUGGAUGCCCUCACGGGCGAAAUCCUCGGGACGCCAUUGGUACUCCCACAACAUCUAGUGUUGGGGAUCGCACUAGUCGUUGUGAAUGAAGCGGAAGAUCGGAUCUAUGUCACUGUCCCAGGGGGUGACUCGGUGUUCGCAGUCACCAAUCCCAGCAUUGCGACAUUGGUGCCAACACCCGAAACAGCCGCACCCACAUCCUCUGGAAGAAAAGUCGGCAACGUCCUUGCUAUCAUUGACACUCCAAUGACGAUGAUUGCUGCAUUUGCCCCAAUGGUGAUGGUCUCCUUGUUUUGGUUUUGAUCGGACUUGGUAGGCCCCGGACGCUCGCCCGCGAUUUUUUAAGAGAGUACGGUACGUACUGUAAGAGUUCCUUGGUUCUGCGAGAUUUCUUUUGCUUUAGAUGAAGUUUAUUUAUUUAGUUCUACCGUUGCGACGUUUC